CCUCCCCUGUCCCACUGCGACUACAGUGACUGGCCCCCCUCCUUCUCCAUCAUCCCGGCUGUAUACAUGCUGGCCUUCCUGGUGGGCUGCCUCGGCAACACCCUGGUACUGUGGGUCUACCUGCGGCGAGGCGGAGGGAGGACAACAGCUUCUCUUCAGAGAGCAAACGACAGUGACUCCUCCAGCCCUCGGCCCUCUCACUCCCUGACCGACUCCCUGAUAGGCAGCUUGGCCUUGGCUGACCUCUGCUUCCUCGUCACCCUCCCCCUGUGGGCCACCUACACAUCCCUGGGCUACCACUGGCCCUUUGGGCAGCCCCUCUGCCAACUCAGCAGCUUCCUCACCGCCCUCAACAUGUACGCCAGUGUGUUCAGCCUGAGUCUGCUCAGCCUGGAGCGCUACCAGGUCCUGACAGGACGCCGGCGCUGCAGCCACAACCUCCCGCACAGACGGACCACCAGGGCUCUGCGGGUCCUGGGAGGCCUUUGGCUCGUGGCGGGGAUCCUGGCUCUUCCUGGGCUGCUGCUGCGCUCCGUCAGGGAGGUGGAGCUGGAGGAGGGGGGUCCCGGGUCCGUGCUGUCCUGCCAGAUGGAUUACUCCACGCUGACCGGAGCAGAGCUGGGGGAGGCCGAGGCCGAGCGAGCAGAGAUGUGGUGGGCCGCUGCCUUGAGUCUGAAAUCCACUCUGAUUGGCUUCUUGCUGCCUCUCGUCGUCUUGUUGUCCUGUUAUUGCACUCUGGCCCGGCUCCUCAGCAGACACUUUGGACACGGGCCUCUUCCUGACCACAGGCGCCAGCGCAGGCUCCUCAGGGUCAUCGUCACGUUAGUGACGGUGUUCUUCCUGUGCUGGCUGCCUCUGCAUCUGAAUAAAACUGUGGCCCUGCUGCUGGAGUUCGACUUCCUCCCGUACUCCUGCUCAUUGGACCAGACCCUGCUGGCCCUCCACCCAUAUGUCACGUGUUUGGCUUACCUCAACUCCUGCCUGAACCCUCUCCUGUACGCAGCCUGUGACCCGUCGUUCAGGAGAAGAUGCAGGAGAGCUCUGCUCCUGUGCUGCAGGGCCAACAGCAGGAAAGCAGAGGGCCGGGAGGGAGAGGAGGAGGAGAAAGAAGAAAGGAGUCAGGAGGAAACAGCUGAGAGGACAGAGGAGGGAGAGGAGGAGGAAGAGGGCACACAAACUCAAAUGAUGCUCAAAAUGAAACAAGUACAUCCAUUAAAUGUAAAUCCAGCCAAAAAUCAGCUGGAAAAUCUAAAUGAACUUUAGGUGCUUUCUGCAAAAAACAUUUCUUGUUUCAAAGUCCAUCUUACCAAGUUUUAAAAUCUUAUA